AUGAGCAUGAAUGAAUAUAAAAAUGGAACUAUUUUGACUAUUGCAAUCUAUAAACUAGGUUUAAGAAGGUCAUUUUUGUCUAUUAUGAACAGCUUGUUUCUUUUUAUGCCACUAACUUUAAUUUUUCCUCAAAAAUUCAAGUUUUUGACGCGUUAUCUUUAUUCUUGCAUAAAAAACCAAAAAGACAUAAUAAAAGUAAAUAAUGAUUUUCCAGAAGAAAAUCAAAGUGAGAUCAUUCAUUCAAAUGGAAGUUUUUUACUUAAUCAUCUUCAUACAAUACAAAAAGCCUUUCAAAUGAAACCUAAACUUUAUAAUAGUAGGCAUAAGAAUAAGUAUAAAAAAAAAUAUAUUCUUUCAACAAAAACUGAUUUACCUUUUCUAACAAAAAACAAUUACUUCUUUGUCUAUGAUUCACUAUCUAAUAAAAAACAGUGUCUUAUAAAGUAUCCAUAUGCUAAGAAACCAUACUUACAGUCUUUUUCUGAUGUAGAUUUUUCUUUAUAUAUCUUUUGUGAACCUUUUUUAUUCAAAAAAGACAUAUUAGCUCUCAACAUUAAAAUUAAUGAACUUUUAAAAUUAAUAAAGCAUAAUUCUUUUGAUAUUUCAAUAUUGCAUUAUACAUCUGAUAAUGAAGUUAAAGAGCUUAAAGAAGUAAGAAUUCUUUUAAGAAAUACGGAAAAAAAUUCUAAAAAUCGUAUCAAAACUUUAAAAGAAGUCAAAAUUUCGCCUAAAAGCAAUCAAAAUAUGAACAAAAUUAUAAAAAUCUAUGAAUCAGUAUCAAUUAGUCAAAACAAUUUUACAUCUUUUUACAACAGUUUUAAUUUCAAUUUUCCAAAUUCUGGAAAAAAAACAUUUAAAUACCAAUUUAUUUAUCAUUCACCUAAAAAUUCACUCAAAACGUUUCCUAUGAUAGCUAAUCACAGCAAUUUCUCUCAAAGGAAUACUUUUUCAAAAUAUAAACAAAGAUCAUACGAAAAACUACCGUCAAAAAGAAAUACAAGCCAUCCUUUAUCAGACAUUCAGAACUCAUGUUCGAAAUUCUUAUCUACACCAUUGUAUAAUCCUUCAUUUAAUAUGACAAAGACAUUUAAAGAUAAGCAAUUUGAUAUACAUACUCAUUUAAAGGAAAAUGUAUGUCCUACUGCUCAAUCAAGUACACAAGGAUUUGCUAAAGAUAAUAUAUCUAUAAAAAUAGCAUCUGAUACUUCAAAUGCAUUUGAAAAUGAAGCAGCACACUUUACAUUACCUGCUCAUGAAAAAAAACUAAUGUUUAAAGAACAACAUAAUCAAGAAGGUCAAAUAUUUGAUAAUCAUGUUUCAAUUGACAUGAUAUUUUCCAAUUCAAAAACAAACUCUACAAAAACACAUGACAAGAAGAAAUCACUCAAAGAUAUAAAACGUUCAUCGGUUAAUAUUGUCGAUCUAGAUAUAAUGCUUCCACUACUCGAAUCCUCAACCAUUCCAUCUCGAACUUCAAAAUACAAACAACCCAAAAUAUUUUCACCUAUAAAAAUAAACAAUAUUUACGAGGACUCCUUACGGUUGUUAAAACAAAUACACGACGAUAAUCGCCGUAGAGGUAUUCCUCCUUGUCCUCCUCCCAUACAAAAACGAUGGGAAUUUGUCGAAUACUGA